CUGUUUGUCAAAAUCAUAGUCAAAAUAAUCAAAAUUCUUCGUAUGUAAAUAAGUCAGCCAAAAUUUAAAAUGUAAACGAAAUAAAAAGAUUCAAAAUAAUAAAAACAAAAAGAAAUGUGAACAAUGAUACAUCUGCAAAAACUAUUUACUCUAAUUUUAUGCGUUUUCAAUAUACAGCCGGGGCAAAGAUGCAGGCUCCAUUCGAGGACACAUUUCGGGGAGCCCCUACCUGUUAUUAUUCGGAACGGGAAACUUCUGGAGCCCACUGAUAAUUUCGGGAACGUCGAUAUGGAGUAUGGAGAUUCUAUGACCCUAAGCUGCGAGGGCACAGGCUACAUCCUUCACCCCGACACCAAAACCAACGUCAUAACUGCUUCUGUUUCGUGCUUAGGAGGCGACAACUUUGGCAACGACCAGUGGCUCAACGGUCCUGCCAGAUUCACUAUGUUCAAGUGCCUGUAUCCCCCGAAUCACCUCAGCCAACGCACAAACCGCACAUGCUUCGAAGGGAACCCCGUCAUCGAAGUCGGGUACAAAAUACAAAAUCAGUUUUACCCUGCCUAUGAAUCUUGCUUUAACGAAGGUGGCCUCAAUGUCAUAUAUUCAAAAUACACUCAGAAACCUUACAACGCUGUUUACCAGACUAGAGUUGUUCGGCCAUUUUUCGUAGAUAACGAACAUUACGGUAACAUACCAGUGGAUUCGUUGUUUUCACCGCGAGGACAGAAGGCAGCUGUAGCGCAACUAGUCGGGCCUAUGAUUGACACGUACGUGAACAAGACUGAAAUGCUUUCAAGAGGUCAUCUUGCGGCGAAGACAGACUUCGUCUUUGCUUUUGGUGAACGCUCUACAUUCCAUUACGUGAAUUGCGCUCCUCAAUGGACAGGGUUCAAUGGGGGUAACUGGAACACCUUGGAGCUUGAUCUACGCAAUCAUAUCCACAGAGCGGGCUAUGACACCAUAGUAUACACCGGUACUUACGGGGUCACUCAACUCUUUAAUCAAUUCGGUCGCAGAGUAGAUAUUUAUCUGUACACAGACGACAAUAACAAUCCAGUAAUUCCAGUUCCUCAAUAUUUUUACAAAGUUGUGUACGAGCCUUUCUCACAGAGGGGCAUAGCUUUUGUUGGUAUCAACAACCCGUAUUACACUAUGACGGAAGCUAAAGAAAUGUUCUUCUGUAGGGAUAUCUGUAGAGGGAACAGUGCUUUCUCGUGGUUGACUUGGCAUCCUGACAAUCCAAGCGAAGGGUUCACAUUUUGUUGUACUGUUCCAGAUUUUAGAUUUACUGUCAAUCAUCUGCCUGCGAUGGACGUACGAAGUGUGUUGAUAUGAAACUAAGCUUUACUGAUUGUGUUGUGCGUGUCUUAUUUAAAAUUAUUGCGUGUGCCUAUUUAAGACCGGGUGAACGCUCUCUUUGACGAGGGUUAUCAGAUGCCACAUGUCCAUCUCAGGACAGGUCAAGUAAUAUUCUGUAAAUUGUUUAUCGUCUUUUUUGUGCAAUAUUUUAUUAUAAUAUUUUA